GGUCUAUCCUCUACUUCUCUCGGGGCUUUAAAACUGUGGAAACAGGUGUAUUUCAGCAAGUCAACAUGUCUCUUCUGCCUUCGAGGUUCAUAUACCUGUGUUUACAUUUUCUGGUCCUCUAUUUCCAGCUCCAGGAAUCACAACAGAGCUCAGCUGAUUUUAGGAUCUAUAUCGAGAACCACACGCGGAACCCGGACGACCUGAGCCGGAAGCAGAUCCGCAUCUACCAAUUGUACAGCCGCACCACGGGCAAGCACGUCCAGAUCCUGGGCAAGAAGGUCAACGCCAACGGAGACGAUGGGGGCAAGUAUGCUCUUCUUAUUGUUGAGACGGAAACCUUUGGGAGCCAUAUUCGAAUAAAAGGAAAGGAGAGUGGGCAUUACAUCUGUAUGAACAAGAAUGGCAAAAUAGUUGGAAAGCUCAAUGGAAGGAACCAGGAGUGCGUCUUCGUGGAAGAAUUCUUGGAGAACAACUACACAGCUCUCGUGUCAGCCAAGUACAAAGGCUGGUACCUGGGCUUCAACAGGAAGGGGAGGCCCAAAAAAGGAUCGCGGACCACACAAACACAACAGGAAGUGCAUUUCAUGAAACGCCACCCAAAGGGUAAGGUGGAUCCACUGGAAGAGUUUCGUUUCACUACAGUAACUAAGCGGACACGAAGGGCACGCCGCCUAAAACACAACCCCAAAACAAACUGAUUGUCCAAUGGACAGCACACGCACUGUUGUUUCAAAGGCCAUGUAAAGCUUGUUGCCUUAAAACCCCUUAAAGACUUAUGUAAA